UGAAAAAUAAUAUAAUAUUCAGAACAAUGGCACAACCAGUAACCAGGAUGGCAGGUCUCUUCCUUCUUUGCUUUAUUUGUUUGGCAGUAGCGCAAGAUCAAGCACGUUUUGCGGAGGCUAUGGCAAAAUUUGAAAAAGUGAAUGGAUACGACGAGUGUCUAAAAUCAAGUGGAGCAAAAAAGGAAGACGUCUUCGCUUUUCCACCAAAAGACACCAAUGAAGUUUUAUGCUUCUUAAAAUGUAUUAUGGAGAAAAACGGAUUGUUAAACAGCGAUGGUUCUGUAAAAACAGAAGAAGUAGGGAAAUACUUUAAAGAUCAAUUUGCAGCCGAACAACCUGAAAAAUUUUUUGAAGUUGUAAAGAAAUGUACUGACGGUCUUAAAAUAGUGGAUUGCGGAGGUAUAAAGACCCUUAACGAUUGCAUGUUCGCUGCGUUAAAAUCGCCUUAAAUUUUAAAUUAAUACGCUUUUUGUAGUAUUUUUUCU